AUGUUGACUACCUCUUUUGCUGAUCUUGCAUUAUUUUUAGAUAAAUUAUGACCUCCAAAUCGAUAAAAUUUAAUAACUCCAGUAGUGCCACAUAGUGCUCAUCAACCUUCAAGGUUAAGGUAUUCUUCAGCUUCAAGACCAAUCUACAGCAACGAAAUAAUGUCGGACUUUGAGUAUUACUGCGACAAAAAAGCAGUUGCCAAGCGGCACGGAAAUAAACGCGAAGACAUAGAUUCUGAAGAGGAAACAUCUUGUAAAAGGUUGAAGCAGCAGAGACCGCGAAAAACAGCCAAACAUUUAUUUGAGGACUCUGAAGACGAAUCAGUUAAUAAACCGUUGAAGCAGAAACCUCGAAAAACGGCCAAACAUUUAUUCGACGACUCUGAAGAGGAAUCAGUUAAUAAACCAACUAAAUCAUCAGCGAAAAAGUCGUCUACCAAACGCAAGUCAGCAGAGAGCUCGAGUGGAGACAAACGAACUCGAACCUCAGGGUGGAAGCUGGACUUGGACGACGACGCGGACGUCGAGAGCAGUCGCGCGCGCAGCCAGCCCGGCCGCCUGCAGUCCGUGCUGACGCGUCGAGUGGCCGACGGAGUCCUGCGCCGCACCGCCUCUCUGCCUGGGGAUCUCUUCGUGGAGUUGCGCCUCUACAACGCGGACGAGAUACGAGCUGUGCAGCCGAAAGAUCGUUGGGAGAAGGCGGUAUUGUCACUCAAAUACCAAAGCAGCUCUAACGCCGAACAUCUUAACCUACUGCGGCAAUUCGUCACGCGUGCGCGAGAGGCAUUCGAAGAGGACGGUACUUUUUUCGCUGAUAAAAAAAAUAGUUCGUAAUUUGUUAUUAAUUAGUUAUUUAAGGUAAUAAAAUAAAAUACUUUUUUAUAUCUUAGUUUUUUCACCCAGUCUAUUUAAUUUCAUUCAAAGUUGUUAGGUAGGUUUUAAACUUUUUUAUAAUGUCUCAAAGAACGAUAUAUUGCACAGUGUGCGAUUUAUCAGUUAAAAGUAAUAGUUUCUCAGCUCAUCUCAAAAGUAAUACACAUAAAAAUAAUUCAGCAAUAGAAUUAGGAGAUGGUAUAGAAAAAAUAAGUAGUGCAUUCCGUAGUCGAAUAGCUACGUAUCGAUUGCGCAAUAGGGAUGAAGGCGUGCAGACGCCAGCCGAGUUCAUGCGCAGCAUGCGUGCGCGCGUGCGGCAACUCAUACAAGCGCGACAACUAGCAUUUAACAGCCUUAAAGUCAACUUCGAAUUAUUUGCAGAAUUUUCUCUUAGAACUAAUGACUCUAACAAAUCUGAGCUAAAAUCAUUUGCUACAGAGAACUUUACCAUACAUAAGAACUACGCGUUUGAUGAAAUAUUCUCACAAGCAAUAGCUAUUAUUUCAACUAAAAUUGACGAAAUGCAAGAAAGGGACAGCGGUUGGUCUUUUCUCCGUAAUUCGCACUUAGAAAUUAACAUAAACAAAUUUAAUCCUUUAAAAGCAUCCGAAUUUAUAGAUUUACCUAAAGCUUUAAAACUAAAACGAGCUUGU